AUGCCGCCCAGAGUUCUGCAAUCAUCACCGAUAGAGCUGCUGGUGAUCGGGCAGCAACAGAGUAUGGGAGACUUACAAGGCAAUGGGAAGCUGCGUGCCAUCAUCAUCCUGACAUCAAGAGAGUCCCAUCAUGUUUCCUUGCCGUCUGUCGCUCUCGCAGAUCUGAACAAUCCCAAGAAUCGCUUCGCCAGGGCAAUACGACACGCAUCUAUUAUUGACCCAAAGCAGCUGCGAAACGAUCUAAUAGUCCUCUUGCGGACAGUAUGGGACGAGAUCAUACUACCCAUCGUCAAUGUAUUCCAGCAGGACCUGAAAUUAAAAUUGCACUCUCGAAUCUGGCUGUGUCCAGUUGCAGUUUUCACAUCUAUUCCUCUUCACGCAGCUCAUCCGUUUCGAACGAAUGCAGAUCGCUCCAAGGAGCCACGCCUGGAGGGUCUCUGUAUAUGCUCUUACAUGCCGACACUUUCGGCUUUGGUCAGGUCUAGACAGGUGCAGGGAAAGGCAAGGCACUCUUGGCUGUCGAUGGCGAGCUCGAGCUUUGUCCAUAAGCUCGUCCCCACAACUACCAACCACAUCACCAUUUCUGGUGACGCAGCCACACGAGCAAGUGCACUCGCAAUUUUGCAGCAGGACCCUACCCAGCCUUACAAUUCACAUUUCGUCAUGAAACAUGAACAUCUGAUGCUUCUCGAUAUCAUGGAGAGAAACAUUCCGCAAGCUGAGUUCGCGUUCUUACUCGCUUGUCAUACCGCCGUCGGCGAUGAGGAGACGCCCAACGAAGUCAUUCACCUCGUGGCUGGUCUCCAGUUUUUAGGAUUCAAGAGCGUUGUUAGCCCCUUCUAG